CAUCCGCAUUCUACAUGUGUAGGCUACAGUUAGCUAGCUAGCUUAGCGGCUAAACGCCGGAGGUUGUGUAUUAUAAAUGUCCAUUUUGAGUGUUGUGCUACUUAGUAACUGUCUGGGUAUUUCAGACACACCUCGUCUUAAAUAACGCAGCAUUAACAAGCUCACUUAUGUUAGCAUUAGCUCGCCUUCCAGACGCAUGUCAGUCAACCUGUCACCAGAUGUGGAGAUGUUUACAUCAAGCCUUUCAGCAGAACAAGCGAGAGAGCUGGCCAAAAGACUCACCACUUUCCUGUCUCAGUACAGCCACCUAUCCGACUCCUAUAUAAUCGAGUUCUUCACUGAAGAUCUUUGGCAUACAUUACCCAACAGCUGGCAGCCUGUGCUGCAGGGCCUGUCAUAUCCGCAGAUUGCAGACCUAUUACUGGAUGCUACACAUGGAGACAGGAGAUAUCCUUCGGUGUGGCCUCUGUCACUCUUGGCGUUCCGUGCCACAGCUCACGCUCUGGCAUUUCCCAGAGAGUGCAGGCGGGAGCGAGGCCGGGCAGCUGGCUCGGUGAAGCCUGAGGAGUUCCUGGAAAACCAAAGUCAGAGCUCACUGCUGGGACACAUAUUCAGGAAGCACGUCAAACCCAAGAAACAGCAUGAGAUCCGCAAGCUGGGCACGCUGGUUAAACAGAUUUGUGACCAGACUGACUGCAACAGAGUGGUGGAUGUGGGCUCUGGACAGGGUCACCUGACUCGUUUCCUGUCCUUUGGGCUCGGACUGUCAGUGACAGCAAUUGAGGCUGAUCGCACCCUGGUUGCUAUGGCGUCCAAGUUUGACGAACAGUUACUGUGGGCCUUAGAGAAGGAGAAGCAGAAAAAGAGUGGCUCCUAUCCAGUCCCAGUGUCACAGUCCUCUCCCCGCCAUGUGGCUGGUUGGUUAAACCCCAAGGCAUCAUGGGAGACCUUCAUCAAGCAGCUGAGCACUGCAGAUUGUGACAGCAAAGUCCCCCCAACUCCAUCUGGACCCAGCAAAAAGAGACUGCGGGGCUGUGAGCUUCAGGGAUGUUCUCCUGUGGUCCAGACUUCAUCAUCUCGUGGCUCCACAGACUCUGGAUUAAGAUCACAACACAACAACGAGUCUGAAGAGGAGUCCUCUGCUGAAAACUGCUGCUCGUGUGUCCAGCCUGUCCGUCAGGAGGAUGCACGUCCUGAGGAAAACAGCCGGUGCAGGUAUCCAGACUUUGUCCUGACCGGUCUGCACGCCUGCGGUGACCUAAGCGCCACUCUCCUCCGCCACUUCGUCAAAUGCCCACAUGUACGCGGCAUCACCUCUGUGGCGUGUUGCUACAUGAAAAUCACAACCAAAGAAAACCCCACCCCUCCAGGACUGGUAGAAUGUCCUGCUCCCCCAACACCAGGCCAGGAAUUGGUUUCCUCAGAGUUCGGCUACCCGAUGAGCUCCUGGGUGCGGGGGUUGCCGGGACAUCAGCUGUCCUAUAAGGCGCGGGAGGGGUCGUGCCAUGCUAUUGAGGACUAUAUACGCAGGCUUCGGGAGGAAAGUGAGUUACUGAGGACACACUGCUACCGGGCAACGCUGGAGACUUUCAUUAGGGAUACAAGGCCGGAUCUGCGCAGGGCAGGAAUCCAGACCAUAAAGAAGGCCCACUUAUUACCCUUUACAGAGUACGCCCGUCUGGGUCUGGCUCGGGUAGGCCUGCCUCCUGAGUUGCCUCUGGACCCGGAGCGGGUGGAGGCCAUGUUGAAGCUGCAGGGCAGGGUGGUGGUGUACUUCAGCCUGGCUCUGCUGCUGGCUCCUGUGGUGGAGACGCUGGUGCUCCUGGACAGGAUCAUCUACCUGCAGGAGAACGGUGUGGUCAGUCGGCUAAUUCCUCUCUUCGACCCAAACUUUUCUCCAAGAAACUUUGUACUGGUGGCUCUGAAGGCUCGUGGAAGUCCCAAGUCAAACUACACCAGUCGGUCUUCGUUGGGAAAAGUCACGCCUAUUUUUGGAGAAUGAAGUCUAGUUCUCAUUUAAACAAUCCAAGGAACCCUAAGUCUUAUGGUUAUUUUGAUUUUAGCCUCUGUUCUCAGAGAUAUUAAAUAAUGAACAUAAAGGGAAGAUUAUUUUGUUGGCCUUUGGACGUCCUCUGACAUAUUUUUACCGUUAAUAGUGCAUGUCCUUCCUGCAGUGGAACCCUUCCGAUUUUUUGCUUCAUUGAAAUCUAAAGCUUGGUAUCUCCAAAUGGACACUCAGUUAUGCCUCCGGAAGUCCAAACAUUUGGUUUUGUUGACAUCAUGCAUGUCACACUAGUUAUCACUCAGUGUCUUCAUGAUAGCACAGAAGCAGUCGUGUGGUUUCACAAACAUACGGUAUGUGUUUCUUGUUGUGUUUUUUAUUUUAUUGCCUCUCAUUUAUUGUAAAGCACCAAGUUGCAGUCAUGAGGACAUUUACUGUAUCUGUGACACGAAACAAUAAACAAAACCAGUGCUUUUCAUUUUA